UAAUGAAACCCAACAGAUAUAAUCCGCAGCUAAUCCUUAGUGCAUUUUGCGCCACUGGAUCAUCAUGACCAAAGAACUGAACGAAACGGAAAACCCCGGGAAAUUACAUCGUUCACUGAUGGUUCAAAAUUGAAGAAACCCUGUGACCAGAGAAUCCCUAUCCCAUCCCCUCUCUCUCUCUCUCUCUCUCUUGUUUCCAGCGCUUUCGCUUUGCUUCAAUGGCGAUUGAAGCUAACUUUUCAUGGCUUCAAUUGAAGCCAGCUCAAUUCCUCCACCGUUAUUCUUUUUCCACGACUUUCUUGUUUCCACGCUUGCUUAAUUUCACUGAUCUAGAAAUCAAGAAGAAAUCAUUCAAAUUCCGUUGCAGAUCAAGCCAAGUAGACGAUGAGGGAUAUCUGUUAGAUGCUCCAGAAUCUAUCGGAGACGGGUUUUCCUUCAGUGGAGGUAAAUACUCUGAUGGCUCAAGCCCAUCAGAUGAAUGGUUCAAGCAAGGAAAGAUAGUAAAAGCUCUUCCUGUCUUUGGCACUGGUGAGAAGGCAAAGGAUCCAAUAUUUGGACUUGCAAUGGGUGGUAGUUCUCAGGCUUCAGAUGAUGUUUUCAGAUGGUUUUGCGUUGAAAGAGGAAAUGCUGCUAACCCAUCAGUUAUUUUAGUUCAUGGUUUUCCUUCACAGGCAUAUUCUUAUCGCAAAGCUCUUCCUGUACUUGCCAAAGAUUAUCAUGUCAUUGCAUUUGAUUGGUUAGGUUUUGGAUUUUCAGAUAAGCCUCAACCAAGAUAUGGCUUUGACUACACAUUGGAUGAGUAUGUGUCAUCCUUGGAUGCUCUUAUUAGUGAACUUGUAGAAGAUAAGGUUUCCAUUGUUGUUCAGGGAUACUUUGCUCCGGUAGUUGUCAAAUAUGCUAGCAAUCAUCAAGACAAGUUGAAUGAUCUCAUUCUUCUUAAUCCUCCUCUGAUGGACAAUCAUGCUAACCUGCCGUCAACGUUAUCAAUAUUCAGCAACUUUUUGUUGGGUGAAAUUUUUUCCCAGGAUCCUCUCAGGGCUAGUGACAAAGCAUUGACCAGCUGUGGACCUUACAAGAUGAAGGAGGAGGAUGCAAUGGUUUACAGAAGACCUUAUCUCACAUCUGGAUCUUCAGGAUUUGCAUUAAAUGCUAUAAGUAGGGCCAUGAGGAAGCAGUUGAAGUCCUAUGUUGGAGUGAUGAGGAAGAUGCUAUCCAGUGAGGACUGGAAAGUUCGGACAACAGUUUGUUGGGGUCAAAGAGACCGCUGGUUGAGCUAUGAUGGAGUAGAAGAUUUUUGCAAGAGUUCAAAUCAUAAAUUGAUGGAGCUUCCAAUGGCUGGACAUCAUGUCCAGGAGGACAGUGGUGAAGAACUCGGACAAAUCAUUGCAGGACUUAUCAGCAGAAGGCAUUAGAUGAGAUGAUGUUUUCUGAUAGUUUGAGAUUCCAAGAAUUUUUGUUUCUCAAUUGAUUUUUAGGCUGAGAGCUCUUGAUUGCUACCAUCCAUCAUACUUAAUUCAUACUUUCCUUUUCAGUUAUUACUACAGGAUAUGUACCUGCAAGUGUUAUAGGCUGAAAAGGUAACUUGAUAUGCCCUUAAUUCAGUCCAGGUGCCCCUGAUUGUACUGUUAAUUGUAUAUGAUUGCCCUAUGCUCAAUGCUUCCAAUACAGGAUUAGUGAAAGCUUCUCAGUGUA